CUUCUUCCAUUUUUCUCUAGAUUUUUCAUAAUCUUUUCCAUAAAUAACUAUCAAUUUUUUCUUUGUCUGCAAUGGCAAAUAGAGACAUACAACACCUUCAAGCCACGAUGGACAAUCUGGAAUUGGGGGAGGAGGAAAUUGGCAUCUCCUUUGAAGCCGAUAGCGGAAUUCAUACGAAUCUAGGCGAUGACCAAACAUGGAACAUCGUUGGAAGACUCCUCACAGACAAGCCGAUCAAAUUUGAUAUCUUCAAGAAUGUGAUUGCUUCGGUCUGGAAGCCAGCAAUGGGUGUUCAAAUUACGCAAGGCGAGGAGGGAAUCCUGUGGUUUCGUUUCUUUCACCCAAAAGAUGCGGAAAGGAUUCUUGAUGAUGGCCCAUGGUCUUAUGAUAAUGCAAUGCUACUGUGCGUUAAAGCGACUGUUGGGGACAACAUCAGACCUGCAGAUCUUAAUUUCCUGGAUAUCUGGGUGCAAGUCUAUGGACUCCCAUUCGGAUACACGUCCAAGGGGGUUCUGGAGGCAGUCGGGAACUUUUUAGGCCGCUUCAUUAUGGUGGAUGACAGGAACUUAACGAAGCCCUAUCAAUCAUUCAUGCGUGUUCGCGUUUCGAUCGAUGUGCGGCGCCCCCUAAAGAGACGGAUGAAAUUGACAAAGCGUGAUGGAUCAACUACCUGGGUUACUUUCAAAUAUGAAAGGCUUGGGACCUUUUGUUAUUUUUGUGGGAUCCUGGGCCAUCUUGGGAAGCACUGUGCAAGUGGAGUACAAUCGGGAAUGAAUCCAGAAACGUGGCCAUAUGAUGACAAUAUCAGGGCAGGAGGAAAGAAGAAACUUGCUGGGAGAGGAGCACCGUGGCUCAGGGAUAUGGCGGACGGAGACAUUACAGGACGUUCCUCCAUCUCGGCUAAAGCUGACAAGUCUAGUUUGGAGGGAGGCAUGGAGGGUUUAAUUACAAAAAGGAAGAGAAGAAACAAUGAUGAGAUGAUCGUUGAUAUGAACAUCACGGCUCAUGAUGCUGGACUUAAUGAUACGGCGGAUGUGACCAUGGAGGGAUACCCGUAUACGUGGGAGUGGAAGAAGGGCACUCCGGACUGGGUAGGCGAAAGGCUUGAUAGGGCAGUGGUCUCCCCAUGCUGGAGGGAUAUGUUUCCACGCAGCAGGCUUGUUAACAAACUUUCACGUUGUGGCAGAGCUUUCUCGGACAGGAUUCAUCUUUGUGGAGAGAAACUUGAAGGUUGGGGCAAAAGCAAAAAUGGAGACACAACCGAAAAAAUUAGCCACUUGAGGGGCAUUCUGGAGAGACUCCGCGGAGUUCGUAGCCCGGCAGCCAUGACGGAAAGAAUUAACAUCACAAAGGAGAUUGAUUCCCUGAUGGACAAGAAUGAUUGCUACUGGAGGCAACGAGCAAAACAACACUGGCUUACUCUUAGAGCCAAGGGGGUUGAUAUUGAGCCUAACUGCCGCAUCUGUGGGGCACCGGAAGAAUCAGUGGAGCAUGUUUUCCUUUCCUGUCCUUUUGCUCAGGCUACUUGGAGACUCCUACACAGAGAGAUCGCCACAGGUAUGCACGAGAACUUUAAUAAUUGCUUGGCGGCUGUUUUUGGAUCGGCGUCGGCUGUCGGUGGGGCAGUGAUGGCUGCGGGUAUUUGGGCUAUCUGGAAAGCUCGAAAUCAGGCCUGCUGGGAAAUCAAGGUGGUCAGACCGGAGGUAGCUGCUGAUUGGGCACGAGAAGUAUGCGUUGCUAGGACAAGUCGUGACUUACAGGGUGGCACGAUGGCGACGUCGGAAGGGUCGGGGCUUCAGCAGUUGAACCGGCCGGAUCUCCUGCGAUGCUUUGUUGAUGCGGCCAUGUUUGAACAGGAUGGUUUUACAUCAGUGGCGGCAGCCCUUCUUGAUGGGGCAGGCACGUUCAUCGGGGGCUUCAACAAGCUUGUCACCUGUCCCUUAGUACCGAGGUAUGUUGAAACUUUAGCUAUUAAGGAAGCUCUAUCUUGGCUCAAGGAGAAGAAUGUCCAUGAUGUCGCUGUUUUCUCUGACUGUGUUCAAGCGGUCCAUGCUCUAAAGAAUGACGUGAUAGAAGCUCGGUCGUAUCUGAACGCGGUGGAGGAUGAUUGCAAAAAACUCGCUUAUUUCUUUGACUAUGUUAAUUUUUUUCACAUUCCUAGACAAUCGAAUUUGAUUGCACACACCCUUGCUAGAUUGGCUGUUAAUGGGUGCUAUGAAUGGCAUUCAAUUCCCCCGAAUGAUGUAUUGCAUUUACUUUGAUGAAUGAAAGUGUUUGAGUUUCAAAAAAAAAACUAUCAAUUUUUUUAGUUAAAAACGCCCCAAAUUAUUUUAGAGGAUUUUAAAUUCUUCUACCAUCAAAUAUGUGUUUAGCCUUCAUUUGAUUUCAUAAUCUGUGCAUAAUCUUCUGAAAGUCCAAACAUUAAUUCAAGAUUUGCCUCACAAAGUCAUUCUUCUCUCUCGAUCUGAUUCGGGUCUUGUAUUCUUUGAUCUCAAAAGUUUCCCAAAAUCCGUUUCUCAAUUUUUUUGGCUGCAGAAGGCGUAAUUAAGCUCUUUCUCAAUUUUCAAUGAACCUGGGACUGACGACAACAAAUAUUGGACAAGAGUUGAUUCUUGACACAACAGCCCUCUCCAAUUUUAUUGAGGCAUAAUAUCCUGAGUUGACAGUCUUGAAAAGUGCAUAACUUUUAUGUUAGCGUUGAAUUAUAAAGGCGAUGUUGAGUCAUACGUAUGGUGAAUUUGCAAAUUCCAAGAUGCUACAAGUUGUUUUCUUAUAUGCACUAUAUCUAGCCAAGAUCCAAGCAUAUGCAAAUGACACAUUUUGUCAAGAGUAAUUGAGAAGGUGUAUCCCAUGGUCAACAAAAGUUCAGCGUUCAUACCUAGACCUUGAUGUAUGAAAUUAUUAUCAAAAGUUUGAUAACUUUGAAGAACAAUGGUUGGGCUUAAUGACGGA